GUGAGGAGGCUGUAACUGGGAGUAGCCAGGGCUGCUUUUAUAUAAGGGACGCGGGGAGGUCAAGAAGGGGCCUGGACCUCUGCUGGGGAUCAGAAGGCAGCAGCUCUAAAUUCUUCUUAACUCCCAUUGCUUAGAUUUGAACGAAGCUAACUGUGAACCACUGAUAUCCAAGAAGGACAUUUUUUUAAACAAGGACCACCCUUUACUGAAAAGAUCAAGCCUCCCAGGGACGUCAACCAAAUAUGGCAUAAUAUGCUACAAUAAGAGACUGAAGUGAGGGCAGUUACCGCCUCUUCUGACUGAUUUUGGAACCUUCUUCCUCCUCCUGAGUUGCCUCAUCGAGCUUUGAUGUGAUGAAAUUACCAUGGUUGACACAGAGAUGCCAUUCUGGCCCACCAACUUCGGAAUCAGCUCUGUGGACCUCUCUAUGAUGGAUGACCACUCCCAUUCCUUUGACAUCAAGCCCUUUACCACAGUUGAUUUCUCCAGCAUUUCUGCUCCACACUAUGAAGACAUUCCAUUCACAAGAGCUGACCCAAUGGUUGCUGAUUAUAAAUAUGACCUGAAGCUCCAAGAAUACCAAAGUGCGAUCAAAGUAGAACCUGCAUCCCCACCUUAUUAUUCUGAAAAGGCCCAGCUCUACAACAGGCCUCAUGAAGAGCCUUCCAACUCUCUCAUGGCCAUUGAGUGCCGAGUCUGUGGGGACAAAGCAUCAGGCUUCCACUAUGGAGUUCAUGCUUGCGAAGGAUGCAAGGGUUUUUUCCGAAGAACUAUCCGAUUGAAGCUUAUUUAUGAUAGGUGUGACCUUAACUGCCGGAUCCACAAAAAAAGUAGAAAUAAAUGUCAGUACUGUCGGUUUCAGAAGUGCCUCGCUGUGGGGAUGUCUCACAAUGCCAUCAGGUUUGGGCGGAUGCCACAGGCCGAGAAGGAGAAGCUGUUGGCGGAGAUCUCCAGUGAUAUCGACCAGCUGAACCCAGAGUCUGCUGAUCUCCGGGCCCUGGCGAAGCAUUUGUAUGACUCAUACAUAAAGUCCUUCCCGCUGACCAAAGCCAAGGCGAGGGCGAUCUUGACAGGAAAGACAACAGACAAAUCACCUUUUGUCAUCUACGACAUGAAUUCCUUAAUGAUGGGAGAAGAUAAAAUCAAGUUCAAACACAUCACCCCUUUGCAGGAGCAGAGUAAAGAGGUGGCCAUCCGCAUUUUCCAAGGGUGUCAGUUUCGAUCUGUGGAAGCUGUUCAAGAGAUCACAGAAUACGCUAAAAAUAUCCCUGGAUUCAUUAACCUUGACUUGAACGACCAAGUGACUCUUCUCAAGUAUGGUGUCCAUGAAAUCAUCUAUACGAUGCUGGCCUCCCUGAUGAAUAAAGAUGGAGUUCUCAUAUCAGAGGGCCAAGGAUUCAUGACCAGGGAGUUCCUCAAAAGCCUGCGGAAGCCCUUUGGUGACUUUAUGGAGCCCAAGUUUGAGUUUGCUGUGAAGUUCAAUGCACUGGAAUUAGAUGACAGUGACUUGGCCAUAUUUAUAGCUGUCAUUAUUCUCAGUGGAGGUAAGAUCCAUCUUUUGAUUUUGCUUUAGAAGAAGGUGGGAUGAUGGUGGGAUUGCAUUUCCUCAGUGUUCUGUGUUGCUUUUUACUGACUGUGUUUGUGCAGAACAUGCCAAUGGCACAGUGCCAUGAACAUGUCACUCCCCAAGCUGAAUACUGUUGGCUUUCAGAGUGAAGGCUGUGGCAAUCUAGAUUCUUUGCUUUUAUUCAUCACACUACUUUUUUCUAGCCAAAUCCAAUCAUGAAAGACAAAUGUCUUCUUUUCUUUUUUUCAUAUUAUUUUUCUUUGUCUUUCCCCCUUCCUUCCCAAAAGGCCAAUCGGUCUUCAGUUCACUUUAGCAAUGAUGCAUGUAACUUAACUUCGAUGAUGCUCCUGUGGUAUAGAGCAGGCAACUCUGUGUGAUCUUGGCCCAGUUAAUGCUUCACCCCUCUUCCCUGCAUCAGGAAUCAGGGAAUGUGCAUAUGCUAAGCUCAGACUUUCCCUCUCAAGUGGCUUCUUGUGGCUUCCCUUUUGUGCCUUUGUAAGGCACUCUGUGUGAUUACCAAUACAGUGUGAACCAAGCGCAUACUGCAGAGAAAGAAAUUGAGCUACUUGCAGAUACAUGAUCUAACUAAUCAGCUCCAAAAGCCACAUUUUAUACCAAAUGUUACUUUCAGUGGCAUCUCUUUGUUUCCAAGUAAGCAGAACUUUCUGCUUUCAUCUCUAGCUAUAAAAAUUGCAAAGCCAGAUGUAAUGGUGAACACUUAGAAGCCCAGCACUGAGGAAUCUGAGGCAAGAGAAUCUUGAGUUGAUGGCCAGUUUGGGCUACAUAGUCCUAAAACAAACAAAAUUUUGCUUUUUAAAUGGUGAGUUCUUAUAUUGGAAUUGACCUUAGGUGCAUUUUCUGUGUGAACUGUGCAGCAAUCUACUUGUGAAAACUCACCUGUAGGGAAGGGGAGCCUGUAGGUGUAAAGGUGUGUUAUUGUUUCAUAUAAAGAGCGUGAUCCAAUGGUUAGUCUUGUGUGAUUGAGAGCAGAUGCUUUCUAGUAAGGUGCACAGUGAUUAUCAAGGACAGUAAGAACCAACACCAAGGAGGUACCUCCAAGGCCAGACAGUGUCCUGAGCACUUCCUAAACAAAUCCUCACAGCAGCUCUGUGAGAUGAGUGUCAUUUUCUUAAGUGAGGGAACAGAAGCACUGGAAGGUAUGUGCCUUUGCCCACAGUGAUGUGACAUGUGUAAGAUGCACCUAGGGAGCCAGGCAUAAUAGUACAUGCUUUUAAUCCCAGCACUCCAGAGACAAAGGCAGAGACAGAAAGAUCUCUAUGAGUUCAAGACCACCCUGGUCUAGAGAGUUCCAGGCCAACCAGGUAACAUAAUAAGUGAACCUGUCUAAAGAAAGAUGGACUGGAAUUGCUAAUCUAUUUGCAGAGUCCAUGCUCCCAGCUUCUAUUCUGUGAAAGCAAAGCUGCUUCACAUGACUAGGGAGCAGAGAGAUAAGCAAUAUGACAAGGGUUAGUCAGUAUCAAGUGGUAACUCACUUUAAAGUAAUUUUGUGUUGUCUUUGUGGGGAUGGAAUCAAGAAUCAGGCAUGCAGUGACCACUGACAAGCAAGCAUCUCCUACCCCAGGCAUGGCACAUCCUCACAUACUGAAUCAACAUGUUUUUAGAGUUGAGAGGAUGAGUUUUAGGAGUUUUGGUCCUAGGGAUUAAACUCAUGGCCUCAGGUAUGUCUACCAAUGAAUUACACUCCCAGUCCUAGAAGCACCAUUAAUGACUAUAAAAUACUUUUAAAGGGUCUCUUAUAGACCAAAUCAUCUCUCUAUAUAUUUACAUUAUUAUUUCUCUUUGAAUGGCAGUGAAAAUAUAGAAGAGUGAUGAAAAAUGUAUUCCCUUACUUUAAUUUUUGUUUAUUUCAUUGUUUAAGUUUUUGAAACAGGAUCUCAGGUUACCCUGAACUCACUAUGUUCCUGAAGCUAGCCUUGAACUCCAGAUCCUCAGUGCUAGGAUUAUAGGCUUGUGCCAACAUGUCUUUCUUUGGAAAGUGUUCUAAAUUUUGAUUAUUGAAUAUUCUUCUAUGUAAAUUUCUAUCUAAAUAUCAAAUGAUUUUGUCAUUGUAAAUUUCCAGAAAUGAAAUUCAUAUCUAUAAACAUUUUUAAGUCUUUUAUUUCA